AUGAACACGAAGAUCGCUACCUUAGAAAGGGGUACAGCCCCUGAAGAAAGUUUUAGACCGGGUCAACAUCCCUUUACAUGGGAGCUCAUGAGAGCAGAGCUUUCCAAGGGAUUCAAACCCCCUACGUUCGAGGCUUAUGAUGGGAAGGGUGAUCCCAAUGAUCACAUCAGCUACUUCAAUGCCAUGAUGACGGUCUAUGGUGGGUCCGACGUGGUGUCAUGUCGGUCGUUCCCCACCUCUCUUAAGGGACCCGCAGCGUUGUGGUUCACCAAAUUGAAGCCCAAUUCGAUCCGGAGCUUCACAGAGCAAGCCAAAGCCUUUGUCAGUCGCUUCCAAAGCAGUAUGAAGCAGAAGAAGACCGCAGCCAACUUGCUAGCCGUUAAGCAGCGCUCUGAUGAGUCCAUCAGAGAUUAUAUCACCUGCUUCAACACGAAGAGCCUGGAGAUCAAGGACCUGGACAACGCAAUGGCCUUCAAUGCCUUGCAUAAUGGGGUCACCAAUCACGACCUGGUGAAAUCGCUUGCGCUAGACUCGGUGACGACCAUGCCAUAG